AGAUAUUAUUGUUUUUUUUUAUGAACCUGCCGCUAUACAAUCGAGUGAAACGAGAUUGGGCCACGUAGUGUAUUUUGAAUUCUCCGACUCACUGAGUCAGUCUGAGUGUAUAUACUUUCAUCAGGUUUUUAACUUUCAAAUAACUUUUAAUUUCCAUUUGCCAGCUUUCAUUUGCAACUUUUGAUUAUAUCCGAGAAAUCCAGACCUUUGCUCCUUUCCGAAGGCUGUGGCUAAGCACACCGUAGUAGAAAACACCAAGUACACCAGUGACCAGUGCCAACACUGAAGUCGAAUCCUUCCUGUUUAGGCUUUUAGCGUUUUCCUUUUACGGCCUUAAUUGAUUUCCUUCCUUCCUUCCUGUUAUUACCAGAAUGGCUACAUUUCCGAAGGCUGUGAACAAGAGCAUCUUUGACGCGAGAAACGGCGUUCCCGGGCCAGGAGCGUACAAUGUGGGGGGCACAUCCAACAUGCCGCCAAAGCCAUCCCGAAAGAACUCUGGACUAUUGAAUGGAUCUCCACGGUCCCGCUCGUGCGAGUGCGUGCUGCCGUCCUCGAAGACUGAUGAUGGUUAUGCCUAUACGCGCAAGAAUGCUCGCGCUGAUCGUCCUCGUCCGGCUGCGUUGGAAUCAGGAUCGGGAUGGAAGGAUAGCGUCGACGAAGGCUUAGAUUUGGAUGUCCGCAGUAUUAACAGCUCAGUAGUCGAAGUUAGUUUUGCCUAUCCUUCUGGCGGAAAAUCCAGCAAAGAGCGCUUGCUAGAGGAUCAGAUUGCGGGGUAUGCUCAGCGUCAGGGCGAUCUGUUGCGAGACGUUACUGCACUGCAAGAUAUCAUUGCACUGCGUGACCGCGAAAAGGCUCAGGAUCUCGAGGAGCAUGCCAGAGGAGAAGAAGUUCUGCGAGGGAACAUCGCUGAGUUGCAGAAGAAAUUAGCUGACAUGGAGCCAUUGGGAGCUCGUGUGCAACUGCUCGAGACGCGGGCAUCUGAGUUGGCCAAGGAGCUCGACGAGGAACGAUCGAAGAAGAAGCUGGCCUGGGGGUUGCUCGGCGUUGGGUUGGCGUUGUGCGCGAUGAUGCACCGCAACGCGGUCCGCAAGUAGAUGGGCGGAUGUGAUGGAGAUGGUGCCGUACUGCAGGAAAGGAGGAAAAGAAGUAGGAAGUGUUGCAGGAAUGGGUAAUUUUGUUGUUUUCCUGUACAUUUUGGAAAACGUGCAGUUAUUAAAAUAUACGUGUUUUAUAUAAAUUUUCUGUAUUUUUUCGCGGCGUUUCUUUAUCCAGGCGCCGCCGUUUUGUGAACAGUUGUGAUUUAUUGCUUAUUGUACAGCUGCGGUCGUCAUUGUACAUAGUUUUUAACACAAUUCAGACUGCUGUUUUAAUGUGAUAUUAUGAGUAUUAAGAGUUUUUGAUACAUUCAUCUGUGAUAUGAACUAACGCUGUGUUGAAAGCCAAUAAAACGAAGCGUUAUCAUCUUG